AUGAGGCUCCAGAAGCAUCCCCCAAAGGCAAGGUUCUGCUGGAAUGUCACGGCACUGCUCCAUCACGCUGCCACAAAUCCAUUUCCAGCCAGCACAGGGAUGCCAUCCCUCGUCACACGUGGCCAGUGGCUUCUAGAAAGGGCCUGGGUCAGCAGAACACCCCCAUCCUGGCUUCUGGAGCUCCUUGGGCAGCCUGUUGGCCAGUUUCUCCCCUCCGCAGCCCCAGCCUGGGCUGUUGGUGGGUCCCCGUGCCCCAGCUGUGCCCGUCACACGUGGUGUGAGGCACGCAGCCCACAGAGGAAACCCUGGGUGACAAACCCCGGCGCGGGGGGCGGAGGCGAGACCGGAACAGAGCUGGCGCAGCCUCGACUGCCGUCUCAGCGCCUCGGGGUGCUGCCCCGGCCCUGGGACCCCACGCCAAGGCAGGAUGGAGGAUUUGGAUGCUUUGCUGGCAGAACUGGAGCAGAGCUCCUGCCUGGCCUCCAAGGACCGCGUGCCACAGGGAUCAAGCUCCUGCCAGGAUGCCCAGCAUGGUACCCCGAAGGUGCCGCUGCCACCUCGAGCUCCGCCUCCAGGAGAAGCACCCCUGUGCCAGUCCCAAAGCUGCUGCUCCCCUCACCCCCACCGACGGAGGCCGCCCGGCAGCUGGAUGAGCUCCUGGCCGACCUGGGCCACACGCAGAGCAAGCUGGCAGCUACAGGACAGGGAGCUGGGGUGCCCGCGGAGUCCUUGCUGGACGAUAUGCUGGGCAGCCUCACCCGGGACCUGCAGGAGCUGGGCAUCACGGCUGCGCCCGCCGGCCUCUGCGCCGCCUGCCGCAAGCCCAUCGCUGGCAAGGUGCUCACAGCCCUGGGCAAAACCUGGCACCCCGAGCACUUCACCUGCGCCCGCUGCGGGCAGGAGCUGGACAAGGGGCCCUUCUUCGAGCAGGGUGGGCAGGCGUUCUGUGAGGAGGAUUAUCACCAGGCCUUCUCCCCGCGCUGUGCCUACUGUGCCGGCCCCAUCCGUGAGAAAGUCCUCACGGCCCUGGAGCAGACCUGGCACCCCGAGCACUUCUUCUGUGCCCACUGUGGGAAGGUGUUCGGAGAGGAGGGGUUCCUGGAGCACAACAGGAAGCCGUACUGCCACCAGGACUUCCUGGCCCUGUUUGCCCCCAAAUGCCGGGGCUGCGAGCGCCCUGUCACGGACAACUACCUGUCGGCCUUGGAGGGUGUCUGGCACACCGAGUGCUUCGUGUGCACGGAGUGCCUGACUGGCUUCACCGGCGGGUCCUUCUUCGAGCUGGAGGGGCGGCCCUACUGUGAGCUGCACUUCCACCAGCGGCAGGGCACCAUCUGCCACGGCUGCAGCCGCCCCGUCACCGGGCGCUGCAUCACGGCCGCGGGGCGCAGGUACCACCCCGAGCACUUUGUCUGCACCUACUGCCUGGGCCGGCUGCACAAGGGCACCUUCCGCGAGUGCGGCGACAAGAUGUACUGCCAGCCCUGCCACGACAAGCUCUUCGUCUGAGCCCCAGGUACCCAGCACAGCCACCUGCCUGGACGUCCCCAGCACCGUCCUCACCACCAGCAUGCCUGGCCUCGGCCCUGCUGACCCAAGCACGCCUCACAUCCCACCCAUCAACAUCCCUGGUGUGGGUCCUGCUCAGCCAACUGUCCCCAGCCUUGCUGCUGCCAAGCCAGGCUUCGCUCCCUGCAAGACAUCCCUGGCAUUUGCCCCCUGGACCUGAAGCAAUAAAAGAACCUGGGUCCUGCC